ACUCCAAUUCGUGCCAACACCAUAAUGGCACUAUGAGCAAAUAUAGAGGACAACGAGAGAUCAUGACAGUGUCGACAUUUCAGUCAUGGUAUUAUACCAAUCAUUGCUCUUACUGAUCUCUGAUGGGAUCGUUUCUUGAGAAAGUGAAUAAUAGAGAGAUGAGUAUAACAAUACUAAGCGAGCAUACAGUAUUCCGCGAGGAAGAGUUCAGGCAAAAUAUAACUAGUAGGACAACUAAAAUUGACUCAAUAAGAGUAUCAGAGAUGAUGUCACAAUCCAAUUAGAAAUAUAUGAUCAGAAAAGCCGUGUAUGCUUAAAUGGCGUAUAGGUUUAUAAUGGCGCCACUCAGCUGCAUCUACUCGCAUCCAUCCAUGGGUAUAAGGCUGACUCCAAUGCAGCCUGCAUUUAUGGAGUUCUCGCCAUUAAUGGCGUUUUGGAGCUCCAACGCAGAGACGAAAAAUGGCGAAAAUCGGCAUUUAUGGAGGGCAUCGGCAUCUGGGUCGCUAAAUAUGGGAGAGGGAAUGCCGAGGUCGGCAUUUAUGGGGAAUGGAAGAAUUGUUGGCACGCGCGCAAUUAAUGUGAUUAAUGGUAGGAAAGGUGUAAUUAGUUGCUUGCUAAUUAAUGUGAUUAAUUAAGGGAAGAAAGGAAAUUGUUUAUUGGAUUAAUUAAUGUAAUUAAUGCAAUUUUUGGAGAUCCAACGCAGGAGCUUUUUUUUGUUAAUUAUUUAUUAGUUAUUUAAGGAAAUUGAUUAAGGGAAUGAAAUGUAAUUAAUUAGGGAAAAGGGAAUUAAUGUUUGUAUUUAGGUUUUUUAGAUUGUAUUUAAUUUGUGUUUAAUAUUUUUGUAUUUAGGCUUUUUUUCUAAGAUGACUUAAAUUGAAUUCAUUUUAUUUAAAAUUUAUGUUUAUCAUCUUUAAGUUAUGUGUAAACAAAAAUUAGAUCGAACUAAGAAUGGAAAUUAUAUUAUUGAAAUGAAAAUGCGUUCGUAAAUUACAAAAUAAAUUGUCACCAACUACAAUUUUAAUUGAAUUACAAAGCAUCCCAGCAUCGAUACCAAGCAACAACAAUAACUAAUUAUUUCCAUGCAAGUUCCAAAUAUGUUCGACCAAGUCCCGACGAAGCCCAUGAUGUGUUGGUGCAGCACGAAGCCUAUUAUUCCUAGCUAAGUACUUAGUUAGGGUUGGAAUAUCUCUAUCGACAUUAGUUGGUUGUUGGUCGUGGACCUCAUAAUCAAGAUUAUCUUCCAUCUCAUCGUCAGAAUCAACCUGCUCAUCCUCGAUUAUCAUGUUGUGCAAUAUAAUGCAUGUCAACAUUAUAUCAUUAAUUGUUGCAACAUCCCAAGAUCUUGCAGGGCCACGAACGAUUGCCCAUCUAGCUUGAAGAAUUCCAAAGGCCCGCUCUACGUCUUUCCAAUGUGCUUCUUGACAUCGAGCAAACAAGGCUUCUUUGUUUGAGCUUGGAUUGCUGAAUGUUUUCACUAAAGUUGACCACGAAGGAUAAAUACCAUCAGCCAAAUAAUAACAUUGAUCAUAGGUAUGACCGUUUACCUCAAAUCGUACUCGUGGGGUGGAUCCGUUGAGGACACCGUCAAACACUGGAGACAUCCCCAGAACAUUGAUGUCGUUAUUCGAACCAGGCGGGCUGAAGAAAGCAUGCCAUAUCGAGACGAAGAAACUCCACCAUUCGUCGGAGAAACUCCAUCGUUCGUCGAAGAAACUCCACCAUUUGUCAUAUCUCGCCCUGCUGGACGCGACAAACAAAAGGCAGCUAAGAAGAAAGGAAAGGGGGUUGUCGAGUCAUCAGAGAGCUACACUGCUCAAUUGCUGGAGUAUGGAAGUGAGUUGAAGGAGAGGCAUGCUUUGAGGACUGAGUAUGAGCGUAGAAGGAUGGAAUUCCAAGAACAAAAAUCAAAGCGUGACCAAGAAAAGUGGGAAGUUGAGAAAAAAGAGAGGGAAGCAGCAUUAUUUCGGAACAAUCUUGAUCUUAUUGAAAAGGACUUGUCGAAGUUGACACCAAGAAAGAGGAAGUUUUACAAAAAUCAUCAAAACAUGCUCCUAGGGUAUGAUCAAGAUGAUCCCAACUCUGUUCCCGACUAUUCAUCCAACGCAAGUCAAAGUGGAGGUGGAGAUGGAAAUGGAGGAGGAGAUGAAGGUGGAGGAGAUUACGGGAAUUACUAUUCCCUUCUGGGUGAUUAUUGACAUGUUAUGUGUUUCUUUUUAAUCAUUUCAAGUGUUGUGUGUUAUUUUUAAACUUUAUGAUUAGCAAGUGUUGUGUGUAAUAUUUAAGCUUUAUGAUUAGCAAGUGUUGUGUGUAACCUAUGAAUUGUACCAUUUGAAUUAUUAUGUCAACUCAUUAAGCUUUAUCAUUUUUAAGUGUUGUGUGUAAACCCAAAUUAGGUCCAUAAUUUUUCACUAAAAAAAAUUCGGUCUCGAAAUUUAACAAAAUUCUAUCGAAAAAUUUGUAUUUAAAAAUGAUGACGAACUAUACAAAAAUUAACAUGAAUAAAUUAUAUUAAAGUUUCGAUAAGUACAUUUUUAAAUAAAUGAAAAAACUGGAAAUAUUAAGAACCCCAAAUAUGGAGUUUGUUGCAUUGGAGCAAAAGAAGGGAAAAUGGGGUUCAAUCCCCAAAUUUGGAGUUCAAGGCCCCCAAAUUUGGAGUUUUGCAUUGGACUUGGCCUAAGGAAUAGAGACCAAAGCAUAAUUUUUGGUAUAUAAAAGCCACAGUUUUGGGUACUGUUCAUUAGUGCGCACUACAGGAAAAUGGACAUAUACAAGCGGUUUCCAAGUAGCGGGUUUCACCCCCGCUGCCACAAAAAAUCCUCCGGCCCAAUAGAUACGAUUGAAGCAGCGGUUCAUCAAACCGCUCCAUAGCUGAUGGCGGGAACUCUGCGCGGGCCUUGUUCUUUUUUGGGUUUUGGGGGUAAUUUAAAUAUUAAAUUUUAAUUUGGCAAAAAUCUGCGCGGGUUAGCCUCUUGGCCUCCUCCGAAAGGGAACAAUCCCCAAUUUCAUUAUCAAUCGAGCUCUCACAACUACCAGAACUCACUCUGCCGAUCAGACCUCCUUGUCAAUUCGCUCAAGCCGCCGGACCUCUUGCUCGUCGGACCUCCCGCUCGCUAAACCUCUUGCUCGCCGGACCUCCCGAUCGCUGGCUGGACUUCCCGCUCAGUCCGCUGCCAGAACUCAGCCCGCCGCCAGUGACGAUCUCCGUUCGAUUUUGUGUAUUUAGCAGGAUUCCGCAACUCCGAUUCACCCUGGACCUGCAAUUACUCUGCAGCUAGGUACGUGAUUGCUUUACCACCUAAUAAAUCAGAGGUUUCAGUACUCAGUCCGCCGCCAGUGACGAUCUCCGUUCGAUUUUGUAUUUAGCAGGAUGCUGCAACUCCGAUUCAGCCUCGACCUGCAAUUACUCUGCAGCUAGGUACGUGAUUGCUUUACCAUCUAAUAAAUCAAAAGUUUCAGAACUCAUAAUCGAUUAAUCCAUCUAACAGCUAGGUGCAAGUCUCUUGUAGCUUAAUUGAGUGUUGAUUUUUGUUCUCCGUAUAUGAAAAGCUCAAUUUAGGGUACCAGUUCCUAUAGGACACUUCUCUCCUGUUUCUAAAAUCCCUCUAUCAAAACGUGUAGUAAUCAGCAGGUAUAGUGUUAUCUUGCCUUUUUGUGCCUUUAGUCUAUUCUAGGCCUCCAUUUAAGCGAUCCACAAAAGGUUGAGGGAAUUGUAAUACAAUGGUAUAAUAAUCAAGAUAAAUAUCCAACUGGUUAGGGUAAGGCCAGGGUAAUAUGAUAGUCAGGAGAAUUGGUGUGGAGAAACAGGUUGGCUUUAGCAUCUUGGCCAUCUUUUCACAAUGUGUAGGUAGUACUAAGGUAGUCUAAUGGCCGAGCUGAACAUAAAAACUGAAGAAGGAAAAGCCAGGGGAAUUUUUUGAACCUUGUUAUGAUGGUCUGGUAUGCUUCGGGAUUUUGGUCAUCUUUUUUCGAUGUUGAAUUGGUGGAUCAAAUUGGGUUUGAAAACUUGUGGCAACUGACAGAGUUCAUUAUCUGAAAAUCAACACUCAAUUACUCUAUUUUAAUGGAGGCAUCUUUGCUUUCUUAUUAUCUACUACUGCCUUCUCUCUAGCAUGAUUGCUGUCAAACAUCUUGUAAAUCAACUGUGUACUCUGAGUUGCUUGUAAUUACUUGUACCCUCACAGCUGAAAUAAACACAGCUAAUGCAAGCCAACUAAAGACACAUCACACAUCGGGAAGAAAGAGCUUUGCUGUUGUGACUGAUGAAACUGUAUAGUAACUUCAGUUGUAUCCUUUUUCUUUAUUAACUAAAGUACUUGUGAGAAGUGCGUAUAAUAUUGAUAUGUUUACAUUUGUAUUCAUAGGAAAAGGCCACUGGAAAAGCGCCAGAUCGCUUGGAAUUGUUUAGGCUGACCCAUAAGAGACCCAAUGAGCACGUACAGGCAAUAUUGGUAAGUAGGCUGACUUGUUCCUUGUUUAAUUAUGUGUCAAUUCAAUCACAACUUGUUUUGUUGUGCUACAUUGCGGAACAUAGACUGAACUGAUUCCUUGAUUGAAUGGUUCUUUAAAGCCUAUACAAAUGAAUGCUUAAAUUAGUAAUAGAAACUUUCACUUAUGGUUUCGCUUAAAAGACAAGGGUUUAGCUUCUAGGCUUGCAUGAUUAGGUUCUGCCAAUUUGUUCCUUCAUGCUUACUAUGUCAAAGAGAAUGUACAAGAAGUCAUGAGUUUGUGGUGGAUUUAUCAUAUUUGAACCUUCUGAAAGGCAGCCUUUAAAUCGAGCUGUUGCUUUUGUUUGUGAUCAUUAGAUGAUGAAGUUCCGGUUUGUUUCUAUGUUGUUCUAAUAUGGAUACGAUCUCUCCUUGUAGGAAAAAGCAGAUACUCUUAUAUCUCAGGGCAUAACUAACGGUGAGCAGGUGUUUCGGGAAGUGUUUUCUAAAGAGCAUGGAUGGCGUGUUCGAGGUGCUGGAUUUGGUCCAACUCCAACAAUCUUUUAUGGACCUUCGUUUCCUGGAUGUGCUGACUCUACAACUUCUGAUAUGAGUACUGGCUCAUCCACCGAUCAUAGAGUGCUUUCUUUAGAGAGGAAGGUAGAGGAAUUGCAGAAACAAGUUGCUGCUUUCACAGAUAGGAGGCCAGAAAGCUCUGCUAGUGUGGAUGUUGUUAACAUUGAGGUAGGCAGCUAUAGUAUAUCCUAUAUAUGCUAGUCAAGUGUAUGGUGGAAUCUCAAUUUUACUUAUUAAAUGUUUGCAUCUUGU